AGAGAAAAAAAAAAAGAAAAAAAAAAGAGAGGGCAGAGUAAAACCGUGCAGGCAGGCAGGCAGGCAGGCCCUGAAACGAACUUCGACGCUUUCUCUCGUCUUUCAAACCAAUCCGUUGAACGUAAGCUUUCAUCACCGCUUUUGUUUUCCCCCAACAACACAGAUCCUUUGUCUUCUCUCCUUCAUCUCUCCCUUCUUCUUCGUUUCCAUCGCAGCCUCCGAUCUGCCUCCCCUUUGUUUGAUUCUCUCAAUAUCUAGGGUUUCCCCGAGGAGGACCCCCUCCCUCCGUUAUAUAAUCCCCUUUGGUUUCAAGAGGUGUUAUUGGAUCUUGUAGCCGCUUUAUAAUGACCUCUAGCACCACAGGAGAUCGAAGCAGAUGGGGUACUACAAGAAGAAGUGGCAUGACUAUAUUGGGAAAGGUUGCUGUUCCAAAACCGAUUAAUUUACCAAGCCAAAGGUUAGAGAACCAAGGCCUUGACCCUAACGUGGAAAUUGUUCCAAAGGGAACCCUUAGUUGGGGUAGUAAAUCAUCACUGAAUGCUUGGGGGACAUCAUCGUUGUCACCACGAACUGAAAGUGGCCCUGGUUCACCAAGCCACCUCAGUAAUCGACCUUCUUCUGGUGGAAGUGUCACUCGACCUUCAACUGCUGAUAGUAACAAAGCACAUGACUCUUCUUCUUCUGUUGCAUGGGAUUCAAACUCUCGGCCUUCAUCAGCAUCUGGGGUGUAUCCAUCUAAUCAGGCAUCAGUUGCACUACAACGUCCACAUAGUGCAGACACAAGACCAGGAAGUUCCCAGUUAUCCCGAUUUGCUGAACACGUGUCAGAGACUUCUGAAACAUGGGGUCAACAUGUGCCGGGAGAGAAGUUGGGAGUUGCUCCAUCAAAGAAUGAUGGAUUUUCUUUGACUUCUGGAGAUUUUCCUUCCCUUGGUACUGAAAAAGAGAGUUCUGAAAAGAGCACAAGGCCACAAGAUGCUGGACCUCGCUCUCGUCCUCCAUCUUCGUCUGGAAGAUCUGUAGAAGAGCAAGGUGUAGAUUGCACAAAAGAAGCUAAUGAACGGAUUGGAGAUGCCAAUUCCUGGAGAAGAGAUGAUCAGCCAUACAGUGAAGAUGCACAUAGACAUUGUAGAGAAGAAGGGCAAUUGGACUCCCGUGGUCCACAAUCUUAUUUUAAUGCUAAUUUUCCUCAUCAGUAUGAUGCUUGGCGUGGUCCUCCAGUAAAUAAUCAUCAAGGUGGUGGCUGGUACAGAGGGAACCACCCAUAUGGUGCCCCAAUGGGUCCUGGGGGUUUUCACAUGGACCCUUUUCCAUUUUAUCCUACACAAGUUCCACCUGCUCCUGGACAUGGGGCUCGUCCUAGGGGUAAUCACUCUAGUAAUGAAAGGAUGUUCAGACCUCCAAUGCUUGAUUCUUAUGUACACCCAAGGAUGCAGUCUAGGCCUGGGUUUUAUGUUGGUCCAGCGCCGCCCGAAGGCUACUAUGGUCCUCCCAGGGGGUAUGGCAAUCCCAGCAACAGAGACCUGCCUUUUGCAGGUAGGCCUGCUGGUCCGCAUACUUAUAACAAUCAUUCUGGUCAAGGUGGAUAUGAUAUGCCUGGAAGCGAGCCACCACAUUCGCAAGAAACACAUAGGCCAUACAACGAGCCAUCACAAUCUCAACAAACACAAAGGCCAUACAACGAGCCAUCACAUUCUCAAGAAACACAUAGGCCAUACAAGGUUCUCUUAAAGCACCAAGAUGGGAGGUUCGGGGAAGAUAAAGCAAAGCGGGAAGAAUUUCUAGGAAAUAGGCUCCCGAAUGCAGAGAAGGUAACUCAACAGCUGCAAACUUCAAGAAACGAGAGGAUAGAAAACAGAAAUGAGGCAAGUGGUGAAGUACAACCAGCUAAGGCAGAACUUUCUGCUUCCGGAGAUUCCAGUUUGAUUCAGAAAAUCGAGGGCUUAAAUGCUAAAACUAGAACUAAUGAUGGUUGGCAAAAUGCAUCAUUUGUCGUCAAUAAAGAUGAUCAGGAAAGCAAACCACGUACAGUCAAUUCUGGGAACGCCGUAAAUAAAGUUUCAGCAAAAAAUCCUCGAACUGGUCAUGCCAGUGAUAGUAAGAACUCAUUACACUCUAAUCAAGGUGAUCCCGCCACAAGCAAAAAUGCUGAGCUGGCAGCUACGAGUGGAAAUGCCGUAUCCAGUACCUACAGGAGAUCUACUCAACAGACUCAAGGCAGAGCAGACCCCCAGACCAAACGAAUAGUGAACAGUGAAGGCAACGAUGGUUGGCAGAAGACAACUGUAAUGUCAGGCUCCUCCCGUGCAACUUUAGCGACAAACUCAGAAAGCAUUCGCGAGGUUAAUGUAGAUGACUCUUCAAAUACCGAUUCCAUCAGGAGGCCUGGGUCUGGAAUAUUAGCAGACCCAAACGAUAACCAGCGUUCUACGAUGAGAGAGUUAGCCAGGCAGCGAGCUCAACAGAGGCAGAAAGAGGAGGAAGAAAGAGCAAGAGAUCAGCGGGCUAAGGCUCUUGCAAAACUAGAAGAGUUGAAUAGACGUUCCCAAGUAUCUGAGGAGGGUUCAGUCAAGAACAUGGAAGCUGCAUCUAAUGCUUCUCUUUCAGACAUGCCAAAAGACCCUGGGUCUCAUUCACCAGACACUGUUACAGCUGCAAAUUCCGUAGAACCUACUUUAGGAUCAGGAAAAAACACGAGGGCUUCAACAGAAUAUGCAAAUAAUGUGGGCCCUACCCAACAGGAUAAUCUUCCACGUGAUCGUGAUGGCACUGCCUUAAAACAAAAGCGUUUGGGUUAUAAGCAGGUAUUUGAGAAAAAAACGGCAGGAAGCUCCGUUGCUACUACUGAGGUGUUCGAUGUUGUUCCAUCUCCUCAGGUUGUUAAUGAAGGUGUCUCAAGCCAUAUCUCAGACAUGCCAGCAACGUCAAGCGUUUCAACUGAGUCAACUUUCACGAAAAGAAAAAAUAACAGGAAUGGUAAGAAAAAGCACAAGGCUGAGGAGACAACAAUGUUGACUACGACAAGAGCUGCCAUUGGAAAAGAAAAAAAAUCGGGAGAUGAGUCAACUGAGGUUGGUAAGGCAAGGGCAGUUGAAAUGGAUUUGGGGUCUGUUUCAGUUCCAAGCUUGGAUAUCAAAGUGUCUGGUGAUUCGUCUGAACAAAUCAGUUCCUUCACUAAUGAAGAGUCUCAAAACAGAGCAAAAAACAACUGGAAAUCUCAACAUGUGCGUAGGACUCAAAGAAACUCACUGGUAAAAAAGCCUGCAGAGAAAUUUCCUGGUAACAAUGCUGUUAUGUGGGCUCCGGUACAUCCACAGCAGAAAGCUGAUGUUUCAACAGGUGUAGGGAGUCAGAACACUCUCCCUGAAUUUGGCACCUCUUCGAAGAGUCAGCAUCAAGGGCAGACUAGCUCUAAAAGUAAAAGAGUGGAGAUUGAAAGAUAUGUAGCGAAGCCCAUAGUAAAGGAAAUGGCUGAGCAUAACGUCAGUAAAAGUCUAGUAACAGCGGCUGCUCCAGAUAUGUCGGAGAAUGUAAACCAGAAAGAAAAUCGUGGAGGUGAAGGUACAGGAAUUCUCCAACCUUCUGGUUCAACUGCAGGCAAAUCUAGGUCUCCUUCAAAGUCAAGACACGGGAAUGGUAGGCAGGGAAAGCAUGGUAGAGAACAUGGAUCAUGGCACCAGAGAGGUUCUGGAGCACCUAGUAAAGCUUUGGAGGAUGGACAAUUUGUAAACUCAAAUCAGCCCAUCCAAGGAACAGUGAACUAUCACUCUAGUAAUCAAACCGAAAAAAUUUCUUCUAAGGAUCAAACCACAUGUAAUGAUGAUGGAUGGAACGAUGGCUGGUAUAUGACUCCUGAAACGCAUUACUCUGCUGCUGAAGAAGUGGAAGCAAGUGCUGUUGGAAGAGAUCAAGGAAUGGGCAUUCACGGCAAGCAGCAUGCUUCCAGAAGCAACAAAGAUGGAGGAAGUAACUAUGGUGACCCUAAAAAAGCCAAUAAGAAGGAUUUCAAUAAAGCUCAUAUGCAGAACUCUGGCCAGGGGUUUAGUCAACCAGAUCUUCCCGUUGCUUCAAAAGAAAGCCGUGGCCCUGGAGAUCAAGUGUGGCAUACAGCUAAUAGGACAGGUAAGUAUGGAGGUCGUGAAAGUACGAGGGAGAAAACUUAUGGAUCUCAGAAAAAAGAUGUUGCUGGAUACGAGCAUCAAGGGGUUUCUACAGAACAGAAAAUGACACCAGCUGAUACACAACAAGCCCAGUCGCAAAACCGAUCUACCAAUAAGGAUGUCCAGGUUGAGCAUAAUCCGAAUAGUAUGUUCCAAAAGAACACAGGGCAGGGUCGACGAUUUGGAAGAGGGCAUGAGUCUCAAGGAGGCUGGGGCUUAGCGGCGCAAGAGAAUAUGCCCCAUCACCAUCAGAGGCCAACUUCAAACAGAGAUAGCCAGAAGCAAAAUGUGCAUUAUGAAUACAAACCUGUUGGGUCUCAUACUUAUGAUGGAGAACGUAAUCGAGAACAACAACCGAAAGAUACAGAAGGUCCAAGAUACAGGGAGAAGGGACAGGGGCAGCAAAGGCAUGGUGGAUACCAACAGCAAAGGGGUACCAGUGGGAGAAACACUGGUCAUGGAUUCGCAGGUGAGAGAUACUAAGAUUGGCUUCUCUUGUGUUUAUUAGGGUAGUAAGAGCUGCGAUGCUGAGGAUAAUUGCAUUUUGUGAGAUAUGGAGAUUGAGGAAGCUGUUUCGUAGGCACAUAAGCUUGUGGGAUUGCUGAGAGGGAGACGUAUCCGAGGAGGCAUUGGCAGAAUCAGAUAACAAAAGUAUUUGCUCAUGAGGGUUUAUCAUAUAUAUUUUGAGUCACUUGUUUGAAUAUGCAUAAUUUACUGUAGUAUACAUUUGAUGGCAAUUGGACUGACCUUGUUUCGUUUAAGCCGUUGCUUUUUAUUGCUGCGUUUUCCUAUGUUCUCAGAGGUGCGGGAGUCAUCUUAUAUGACGUCCUAGGCUACUUUGAUUCCAUUUUUUUUUUGUUUAACGUUGAGACUGAAGUUAUGUAUGCCAUCCCAACUUGUUUGGUAUCGCUGUGAUCAUUUCCGCAUGAUAA